AUGGGCUUCGGCGGCGUUCUCUUGCGCGCUUCCAACCUCUCCAUCCGUGUUCUCCAGUUCCUCGCCGCAGCUGUCAUCCUCGGCAUCUUUUCCUACUUUCUUGCCGUCCUUUCUCGACAUGAUCAGGAUAUCCCGCGUUGGAUGAAAGCCGUCGAGGGUCUAUCCGGCGCUGCGACCCUCUAUGGCAUCCUCGGUAUCCUUUUCACUUGCUGCCUCGGCGGCGUUGCCUUCUUCGCCUUCCUCGCCAUCGUCCUCGAUGUCUGCUUCAUCGGUGCCAUGAUCGCCAUUGCUAUCAUGACCCGUCAUGGCACGCAAAGCUGCUCUGGUCUCGUGACCACCCCUCUUGGGUCUGGUAAUAGCAGCGAUGACUCACCGUCAGGGACAAGUUAUGGCUAUGCCUGCGAAUUGGAGAAAGCUGCCUUUGCGGUGUCAAUCAUUGGGAUCGUCCUCUUCUUGAUUUCAAUCCUCCUUCAAGUCCUCUACGCUCGAUACCACAAGCGCGAGAAGCGCUUUGGCCCCUCCCCCGCAAAUGGCUACACCUCCGGCACUACCCGGGGCUUCGCCUUCUGGAGGAGAAACAAGAACAACCCCGAUACUGCUAGUGCCGAUGAUAUGCUGCCUUCGCAUCCAUUGCCCAGGGAUGUGGAGCUUGGUGCGAACGGCACAACGGCAGCAGAGAAGGAAGGUGGCUUGAAUGGUACCAAUGUCGGCGCUACCACUGCCAGUGGUGGAUAUAUGCCAUGGAGAAGCAAUGUGAAUAACGGUACUGCAACUGCGGGGCAGACCGGGACUUACGGCUAUGGAAAUUCGGCAUAUACGGGAAAUUAUUAA